AUGCAAAAUGUCAUCAAAUUGGAUGAAUCGAUGAGAUUCACAAAAAUCAAAGCCAUUGAAGUGAAUACCGAUUCAGAUUCAGAUGGGUUUGAAGAGGUGGGUCCCCUCACUACCGAUGCUAUGAGUGCACCAAAUAUUGAACCAUUGAAUGUCAAAGAGAGUGUAGGUUUAAGUGAAACGGAUAGAGUUGGCACAGAAGAGGAAUGUGUGGAUGGAAUCGAUGAAAAUAAGACUCAUUUAAACACUGAAAUCAAUUCACUUGCAGACGAAGACUCGUUGAGUGAUAUACCAGAAGAGACUAUUAAAGGGUUAGAACCGAGUCCUUCCAAGUCGUCCACUAAUUUUGAAAGCAUUUCACGCGAAGAACUCAUUAAUUCUUACCGCGAAGUCAAUAAUCAAAAUCGUUUGACAAACCAUACAACGGACCAAAUGAUGAGUGACUGUCAGGAAUUGCUAAGACUUUUUGGGAUUCCGUUUAUUUUGAGUCCAACCGAAGCUGAGGCCCAAUGCGCUGCUCUCGAGUUGUUAGGUCUGACCGACGGCACCAUUACUGACGACAGCGAUGUAUUACUAUUCGGCGCUCAGAAUGUAUAUAAAAACUUCUUCACAGAAAGUAAAUUCGUGGAACUGUUUACAGCCAAAGAUAUCGAGACCAGGUUUGGAUUAACCCGGUCUUCGAUGAUCUGUAUUGCGUUGCUUUGUGGCAGUGAUUACACGGACGGUGUCGAUGGUGUGGGAGCCGUGACGGCCACUGAGAUUUUGAGUGAAUUUCCUGGCGAUGGACUCAAACCACUGUUGGAUUUGAAGGAUUGGUUGACAACUAAACACAUGUCCACAGACAAGAGACCCGAUAAUAAAAUUCGUGAGAAAUUCUUGAAGAUUAAAGUCAACGAUUCAUUUCCAAAUCGAGUCAUUUUCGACGCCUAUAUUAAUCCGACGGUUGAUAAGUCCGAAGAGAAGUUCUUGUGGGCUAUGCCUCAACUCGAAGAACUCAGACGUUAUGCCAGCACUCGGUUCGGUUGGACUCAAACUAAAACCGAUUCAAUACUUUUACCCGUUUUGAAGAAAGUAAACCAAAAACAAACGCAACAGACAAUUGAUGGUUACUUCAAAGUGCAGGUCCAGCCCAAAGAGACGGCUCUCCUCAGCAAAAGGUUAAGUAAAGCAAUAAAUAAAUUGCGCGGAAAAACGCAACAGACAAUUGAUGGUUACUUCAAAGUGCAGGUCCAGCCCAAAGAGACGGCUCUCCUCAGCAAAAGGUUAAGUAAAGCAAUAAAUAAAUUGCGCGGAAAAGAGAGCGAACCGGCGAUGAGUGCCUCGACGUCCAGCAAAACGAGUCAAUUGACGAAUAAAGUGAAAAAUCAGAGGAAAAAGCGUCCGACAAAUGUGAACACAAAUCAAAUGAAUCCCAAAUCAAAGAAAAGAAAAACAAACACAAGAACUCAAAAGCCUAAAGAGUUAACAUUAUCUGAAACCAGCAGUGAUUCGGAUUAAUUAAAUCCUGUUAUCAUUUCAC